GUGACAUUUGGUUGGUUAACCUCACUAUUCCAUCUAAAAAGCGUAAAUAUUUAUCAUGAUAUAUUCACUAACUUUUCUAAUUAUUCUCGCUAAUUACGGUUCAGUAUUUUGUUACGAAGGUUCAAUUGACGAAGAGCUGUUGAUUAAACCACUUCAAAGUAAUCAAGUGUACGCUCAUUUCCAAUUUUCCACGAAAUGGGAUAUAGAUCCCGAAAAAGAAACUUUUCGCCACAGUUCGUUGUUCCCAAGGCCCAUUGGUGAAUUGAUACAGAGAUUCGACAUUCAAGAAUUACAUGUAACUUUGACAGGCGGUUUAUGGAGAUACGAGAAAUGGGGAUAUCCUGUGGUAGAUGCUGCUACCGGCGCAGAGGUAUUAGCUUGGUUUAAACCGGGCUCCGAUGUCGAUACCAAUUGGAAACUUCUGGCGAAUUCCCUAUCGGGAUUAUUUUGCGCCUCUUUGAAUUUUAUUGACGAUUUGAAUACGAUCAAACCCGAAUUUUCAUUUCGUCCGAGAGGUGUUGUGGAUUCCAAAUUUAUAAACAGCUCUCAUGUUAGAUACGCUAAUCUACCUCACGAAAUAGUUUGUACAGAAAACCUAACACCUUGGAAAAAGUUGUUACCAUGCGAUUCCAAAACCGGAUUAGCAUCGUUGCUGAAUUCCGGGCACAUUCAUAAUACUCGCUAUCAUUCCGUAGGUUUGCAUUUAAGACCGGUUUGCAGGGAUAAAUCCUGCGAAUCUUUAUCGUUAGAAUUGCAACAAACCGUAUCUUUAGUUUACGAUUAUUUAAUUUUGGGCACCAAAAAUUGGUCGUUGAGGAAGUUGUUCGGGCAAGGAGUCAAUCGUAAAUGCGUGCUAGUCAAUAAAAGUGAUAUUUACGUUGAUACAACUCUAACGGAUGUUGAGCUCGAGCCUGCUCCUGACAAAACCGUCACAUCAAUUCGUGGUGGACAAACAACAGUACUUCAAAAAUAUGAAGUUACGAAUACUUUCUUAAAUAUUUAUGCUAAAUAUCAAAAUGCGGAUGUGGUACCUUUAAACUUACCUCCACCUCUGCAUGCGAACCAGUAUUUGUCCGGUUACGGACAGGAACGUGGAGGAAUCGUUACUAAAAUCUAUAACAAUCAUUGGAAGGAGCUUGAUGUUGUUUUACUGCAAAACAUUCCUUGGUUUAUCCCGAUCUAUUUGCACACUCUGAAAGUCGUUUCUAACGGAAAAGAGCUGAAACCACUUCAAUUACGCUACAUACCAGCCAGACAAAGGAUAAGACCGAAUUAUCUCGAGGUGUUGUUAAGAUUACCUGCUCGAACAUCCACUUCCGUUGUUAUAGAUUUUGAUUACGUUUUCCUAAAAUGGCAGGAAUACCCACCGGAUGCUAAUUUCGGUUUUCACAUUGGAUCGGCAGUAAUAUCUUGCUACUUGCCUGUUGCUAAAAAUUACACUGCCGUUCCAUGGGAUAUGACUUUAAUUUCCGAUAGCUUCAACGCUUCUCGAAACGGUUAUUUAGUGGAAAUCCGAACCGAAAAUUUAAUAAUUACUCUACCAACUCCAGAUUUUAGUAUGCCAUACAACGUUAUAUGCUUAGCCUGUACGGUAGUUGCUCUAGCAUUUGGACCACUGCAUAAUAUUACUACUAGGAAAUUGAUUUUGAAGUCCAAUAAAAAAGUGCAGCUAGUGGAGAAGAUUAAAAAGUUGCUGAAUUCUCUAAGUAAAACCAAAGAGGAAUAAGUUUAUUUAAUGUACAUUUUGUAUUUUUUUUUGUAAUAAAAGACUGCUAACUGAAAAUAUUUUUAAAUCCCUACCUACAUAAAAUCACUUUUUAAGAGUCCUACGGGUAAUCAAACGUAGUUUAAAAUAUAUAAACUACCCAAUUUGAUAUCAGUACGUUUAUUUAUUAUUUAGGUACAUUAUA